AUGUGCGGAUUGGGCGUGUCUGCCGUUUGUAGCGGCGGCGUUCGACGGCAGUUCCGCACCGGCACCGGCGGUCGUCCCGCGAUACUGUUCAACAAUUCUGCUAACCUGAGGCGGAAGGAACGCGGGCGCAUUCCAACGUGUACCAUUCAUACUGUGGAGCACGCGCAAUUGGGCGAGCUCAGCAAACAAAUUCCGGACGAAGAGGGAGAAAAGAGCCCUUCAUAUAGGUACCCUUUUCAGGUAUCCUACUCGGAGAACGGCACAGACUACACCCUAUACCUUGUUGCGGGUGACCACAGCGAGCGACUGCGUUGGAUUCACGCUAUAAGAACUGUGUGCGUUGCGAACGCGCGUCGCGCCCGCUACCACCCGGCGGCGUGGUGCGCGCGCCGCUGGGGCUGCUGCCAGGACGAGCGGCGCGCCGCCCCCGGCUGUGCGCUCGCCACCUUCUGGCCGCUGCCCGAGCCAGAGCUCGACCUCAUAGUGCCAGCCGGCGACGCCUCACCGGUAACCGCGGCGGUCACAAUGCCGGGUGGAGGUGCACCCCCGCCUGGAACACCCUCGUCAAAACCAAAGGAGAAGCAGAAAAGUAAAGUUGUGGUAGCAUUGUAUCCAUUUAAAGCUAUCGAAAGCGGGGACCUUUCACUUGAAAAGGGAGCCGAGUACGAAGUGGUCGAUGAUUCACAAGAACAUUGGUGGAAAGUCAAAGACGAAAACGGGUCAGUUGGCUACAUUCCUAGUAAUUAUGUGAAGGAGAAAGAAACAAUAGGCUUACAGAAAUAUGAAUGGUACGUGGGCGAAAUGUCUCGACAACACGCUGAGUCGUUACUCAAACAGGAGGAUAAGGAGGGUUGUUUCGUUGUACGCAACUCCUCUACCAAAGGAAUGUACACAUUAUCGCUGUAUACCAAAGUCAUCCAUCCACAAACGAAGCACUACCACAUAAAGCAGAAGGACACGGGCGAGUACUAUCUGUCGGACAAACAUUGCUGCGCCAGCAUCCCCGAGCUGAUCAACUACCACAAGCACAACAGCGGCGGCCUGUGCUCGCGCCUCAAGACCACGCCGUGCGACCGCCCGCCGGCCACCGCUGGACUGUCGCAUGAUAAAUGGGAGAUAGAUCCAAACGAUCUGGUACUGCACGAAGAGUUGGGCGCGGGACAGUUCGGUGUAGUGCGCAGAGGGAAGCUCUACGGCACGAGAGACGCCGCGGUCAAGAUGAUGAAAGAGGGCACCAUGUCCGAAGACGAUUUUAUAGAGGAGGCCAAAGUUAUGACAAAACUGCAACAUGAUAACCUGGUACAGCUCUAUGGCGUGUGUUCCAAACGUCGACCUAUUUAUAUAGUGACUGAAUACAUGUGCAAUGGUUCCCUCUUCAACUACUUGCGUCGUACCUCGCCGGACCAGCUGGGUCCCGCAGUACUGUUAGAUAUGUGUUUACAGGUUUGCAAAGGAAUGGCGUAUUUAGAAAGGCAUAACUACAUUCAUCGAGAUUUAGCUGCAAGAAAUUGUUUAGUUGGUGAAGCAAAUGUUGUUAAGGUCGCAGACUUUGGUUUAGCCCGGUACGUGUUAGACGACCAGUAUACGAGUUCUGGCGGUACAAAGUUCCCAAUAAAAUGGGCGCCCCCAGAAGUACUCAACUACACGCGAUUUUCCUCAAAAUCUGAUGUUUGGGCGUUCGGUGUUCUAAUGUGGGAAGUAUUUACAUGUGGAAAAGUGCCCUAUGGACGAAUGAAAAAUAAUGACGUGGUGGAAAUGGUUCAAAGAGGACAAGUGCUAGAAAGGCCCAAAGGUUGCUUGAUUGAAAUUUAUAACGUGAUGCGCGCAUGUUGGCGCCAGUCGCCAGACGAGCGGCCUUCGUUCCGCGCGUUGAAGGAGGAGUUGAGUGCGAUGCUCCGCGAUUGA